ACAGUUCCCAUGUCAAACCCGUUUUCUAUAAAUUUUUGCUAUAUUUUAACUUUGUACAAAACAGAACAAAACUUGUAGUCGUUUUUGGUCAAAAUAUUUUAUCUGCUAAUUAAAUUCCCUGUUAACACAAUGUCGACUGAAAUCGAGAAAGAUUCCGCUGGUAUUUCCCCCUCGACAAUUGCACUUAACAUCCUGCCGUCAACUGAAACACAUGGAAUCGGUGAUAGCUUCAUGGAGAAGCCGCUUAGUCCGUGCAAUUCGCUUGAGAAUUUAUCGGACAUAUCCGCCGUCUCGUCAUUCGCGUCUUGUGAAUCGUUUAAAACCAUAUGUAAGGCAUGGAAAAACCGCAUGAAAAGUGCGUCGACCAUGAGCUUAAACAGAGGCAUAGAUGAAUUCGAAGCGAAGUUGGAGGAUCUGACAUCAAAGCUGGACAUGAAUAAAAACGUCACCACUGGUGAAUCCGAAGAGCUUGCAAAGCGUCUGUCUCUCUGCGUUGUGCUAGAGAGAAGGUCCUUGCAGUUCACCGACAGCAGCGAAGAGGACACACCACAUGCGGCGAGCAAGUUUACCCAGCGAUUCUUUGAGCCCGAAGAGAUACGUCAGGCGUUUGCCGUCUUUAAGCUAUGUGAUGUAAACGGCGAUAACUUUCUUGAGCUGGCAGAGCUUAAACUGGCUCUGGAGAAGCUAUCGGUGCCACAGACCCAUCUGGCUGCAAAGAAGCUGAUGGCAGAAAUUGUCGGCAAGCGGGCAACAAGAAUGAACUUCUGUCAGUUUCUGCUUACGUACGCAGCAAUCCUUCAGAACAACAGGCCAAAGGCCGGCAAUCUAAUGAACUCUCAGCUGGUGCUAAAAGCUCGAAAAGAAUCCGUAAAUGUGUCCCGGGUGGGCGUCAGCGGAGCAAAACUUUUCUUUGAGGCCAAGAUUGCACAGCAUGCUCUCGAGCGAAAUCCUGCUCCUGCCAAGGAAGGGGAUAACCCAAUGAAUAUAGCUCCAAAUACAUGAACAGUAGACGCCGUCAGAUCCAUUUCAAUUGCGCCCCGUUUUAUCUUCCAAGUAAUUCCGACAACUUCCAGUCCUCCUCUUUUAUUUGUGGCCUAUAGUAAAUUUUACGUGCUAUUUAAACCAGCCUGACCUUGUGCCGAAGCAAGUCCCAUAAAUCACGUUUCAAUAAAACAAAACGAAAAAUUUAAGUGUCCAAUCAAAGGUAA